AUGGCUGCUAAGCAAAUCAAUGUCGAUGUGUUGGUCAUCGGUGCAGGACCAACCGGUUUGGGCGCCACCAAACGUCUCCAGCAGCUGAACAGUGCCACGUGGAUGAUCAUUGACGCGAACGAAACCCCCGGUGGACUGGCCUCCACAGACAUUACCCCCGAAGGCUUUCUGUUUGAUGUCGGUGGGCAUGUUAUAUUCUCCCACUACAAGUAUUUCGACGACUGCCUCCACGAAGCCCUCCCCAAGACAGAGGACUGGUACGAGCACCAACAGGUCUCCUAUGUCCGCUACCAGGGCCGCUGGGUCCCCUACCCUUUCCAGAACAAUAUCUCCGUCUUGCCCAAGGAGGAGCAGGUGCAAUGCAUCGAAAGUCUAAUUGAUGCCGCCUUGGAGGCCCGAACCCGCCCUGCGUCGGACAAGCCCCAGAACUUCGACAUCUGGAACACCCGGAAUGUCGGUCAGCGACUGAACCAGAUUUUUAUGCGCCCGUACAACUUCAAAGUCUGGGCGAUGCCCCCGAGCAAGAUGAACGCCACCUGGGUUGGCGAGCGGGUGGCUGCCCCCAACCUCAAGCUGCUGACCAGCAAUGUCAUCCUUAACAAGGAGAAGACCCGCUUCGGUGAGCACGGCACCGUGGUCAAGGUUGACGCCGAGGCGAAGAAGGUCUACCUGAAGGACGGUACCAUUGUUCACUACGGAUCGCUUAUCUCGACCAUUGCGGUUGACUACCUCGCCGAGGCCAUGGCGGACACCGCACUGCAGCAGCUCUGCAAACCCCUCUUCUACUCCUCCACCAACGUGAUCGGUGUCGGUAUCCGUGGGACGCGCCCUGAGCGCAUCGGAGAUAAGUGCUGGCUUUACUUCCCCGAGGACAACUGCCCCUUCUACCGUGCUACUAUCUUCUCCAACUAUUCCCCCAAUAACCAACCUCAGCAAAAGGUCAAGUUGCCUACCAAGCAACUUGCCAACGGCCAGAAGCCUGCUUCUUCAGACGCCCAGGAGGGUCCAUACUGGUCUAUCAUGUUGGAAGUUUCCGAGUCUCAGUAUAAGCCGGUCAACCACGACAUCCUAUUGGGGGACUGCAUCCAGGGUCUGAUCAACACCACGUUGCUUCAGCCCGAGGACGAGAUUGUCCGCACCUACGUGCGGCGUUUCGACCACGGAUACCCUACCCCCAGCUUGGAGCGCAACGGCGCUCUGAACGAGAUUCCCCCCUACCUGCAGCAAAAGGACAUUCUAUCCCGUGGCCGUUUCGGUUCGUGGAAGUAUGAAGUCGGUAACCAGGACCACAGUUUUAUGCUGGGUGUUGAAGCAGUUGACCACAUUGUUUCUGGUGCAGUCGAGCUUACUUUGGCCUACCCGGACUUUGUCAACGGUCGUGACAACACUGAGCGCCGCCUGGGCAGUAUGAAGACUGUUACCCAGUGA